GUCUAGCGUGAGUGUAUCUCAAUGCACGUGGGCCAAGCGGGCGUUCAAAUGGGCAAUGCGUGCUGGGAACUAUACUGCCUCGAACACGGGAUUCAACCAGAUGGGACGAUGCCAUCAGACAAAGUUUCCGGAACAAACGAUUGUUUUAAUACUUUUUUCAACGAGACCAGUUCCGGUAAAAUGGUACCGCGUGCCGUGAUGGUCGACCUAGAGCCUACGGUUGUUGACGAAGUAAGAAUAGGGCGUUACAAGCAAUUGUAUCACCCCGAACAAUUGAUCACUGGAAAAGAGGACGCAGCAAACAAUUACGCUCGAGGUCACUAUUCUAUUGGACGGGAGGUAAUAGAUUCCGUAAUGGAUCGGGUCAGAAGGUUGACGGAUCAGUGUACCGGGCUUCAAGGAUUCUUCGUCUUCCACUCAUUCGGAGGAGGUACCGGAUCAGGAUUCACAUCGUUGCUCAUGCAAAAACUCUCCGAUGAUUACGGCAAAAAGAGCAAAUUAGAGUUCGCCGUGUAUCCGGCCCCCCAAGUGUCCACCGCCGUCGUAGAACCGUAUAACGCAAUUCUCACAACUCAUACCACGAUCGAGCAUUCGGACUGCGCGUUUAUGGUGGACAACGAAGCGAUUUAUGAUAUCUGUAGGCGGAAACUCGGUAUCGAACGUCCUUCCUACGCGAAUCUGAAUCGUCUUAUCAGCCAAGUUGUAUCUUCGAUUACCGCCUCGCUGAGGUUCGACGGUGCCCUUAAUGUAGACCUGACGGAAUUCCAAACGAAUCUAGUACCGUACCCCAGAAUUCAUUUCCCACUGGUGACUUAUGCCCCGGUGGUAUCGGCCGACAAGGCCUUCCACGAGGGGAUGUCCGUCGCUGAAAUAACGUCGGAAUGCUUCGAAGCGUCGAAUCAAAUGGUCAAGUGCGAUCCGCGUGAGGGCAAAUACAUGGCCUGUUGCCUUCUUUAUCGUGGCGAAGUCGUGCCGAAGGAUGUUAACGCGGCUAUUGCCGCGAUGAAGAGAAAAAGUUGCAUACGCUUCGUGGAUUGGUGCCCAACCGGAUUCAAAGUAGGCAUAAAUUAUCAGCCGCCUACCGUCGUGCCCGGCGGAGACCUUGCCAAGGUGCAAAGGGCAGUCUCGAUGCUGUCGAACACCACGGCUAUCGAAGAAGCUUGGGCUAAAUUAAAUUACAAGUUUGAUCUCAUGUAUCAUAAACGAGCCUUCAUUCACUGGUACGUCGGCGAAGGUAUGGAAGAAGGUGAAUUCGCGGAUGCACGCGACGACCUCGCCGCGCUGGAAAGAGAUUAUGAAGAAGUCGCGCUCGAAUCGUCGACUACACCGGACGCUUCAAUGGAGUAUUAAAAUGAAAGAUAAACGCGUGCAAUCUAUUCAAGUAUUCUGGCAUUUUCCAGCUACCCAACAAAAACACUAAUACAUGAUCAAAUUGUGUGUAAAAAA